AUGAUUUCAGCGGUAGACCAACGAGGCCUACUUGCGCACGACAUCAUCAAACACCGCAUUCGAAAGGCAUUGAAAGCCAUUCCUGAAAGUUACGGAAACUGGACUGGGAUUGUGGUUAAAUUUGCGGUAGAAAAUGUCCGCCCUCUCGGGAAGCGCUUAUAUCCAUCAAUUUGUACUCAACAUCCGAAGAAUCAAACCUUUCUACAAGUUAAUCUCUCUUCCUAUGAAUAUCAUUUUCCCGAUGCUAUUUUACUGAAGAUUCUUGCUUUUCCUUAUUCUCCAAAAGAAGAACUCACAGACGCACUGCAAUUUAAACCACCCGUUCCAACGUCGCCCACACUUGCAGAAGGUAGUCUACCCACAGCGUCUACAAAGCCUCCGAAAUUCAGUUGCACACGGGACAAAUAUGGGGACUACGAGUGGCAUCCCAGAACUAUCAACGGAAGUUUUAUCCAACGAGAUGAUGGAGAAUGGUUUGUCAACAUUUCGUGGACACCUUUUAAAAUUUCCUCUGUCAACUGGACUAGCUACUACAUUGAAAUGCUCAUCAACCCGAAUGCGACCCAGCUCAUCCACCCUUUACAGUGUUUUAAAUUACCAAAGAACCAGACAUAUUUCAUUGUGGAUUAUGCUUUUCAUGGUUGGAAAUAUCCUGAACGAAUUGAAGUCGCGGUCACUGCCUAUCCUUUCCCAGAAACUGUUAACGGGUAUUAUAUGGUUCAUAUUACUCAGAAACAAGAACCCCCUAUUCUAACGGCAGCAUCAUCACCGACUUCAAGAACACGAAAGGUUGAGAUCACAGUAUUUUCUUCCGUUGGAAGCGCGUUUGUUCUUGGGCUGUUAGCUUUUGCGUUGUAUCGAUUUUUUCGCAAGCCUUCAUCUCCAGCUACCAGGAACGCUAUAAGAAGAGCCUUUCAAAACCACGCAUUCAUAAUCUACAGUACGACAGAAUCCGAAUGGGUCAACAACGUCCUUCUUGCGACGCUACAGAGCUACGGGUUUAAUUGCUGCAUACACUGGAAAGAUUUUCAGCCCGGCACAGUGUUCCAUCAGAGCAUUGUUGAUAGUGUGUAUAAUAGUUACAAGAUCAUUGCUGUCGUAUCAGAGAGUUUCUUUCGAAAGGAAAAUUGCAAAUUUGAGGUGAACCACGCCAUAAAUCGAUUGAUGAACGAAGGCGAUGACUGCUUGAUUAUAAUCAAAUACGACGACGUGGAUCUCGAUGUCCACUUGCCAUCUCUCUUGAAUAGGAGUUACAUCGACCUACCGAACCCAACUGACAGAUCUACAUGGGAGUCUAGGCUUGUAAGUGUUCUUAGGGAGGCAGUAAUCGAGGAGGAAGCGAGUGGUCACAAUGAAGGGAACGCUAAAAAUAAUAACGAAUCUAACGGAAAUUCUUCAAAUGAUGACGAUUCUCUGGAGCUCACGUGUUCUUGUCAGUCAUGUGGGUUGAUGACAACUAAUGAAACGCAUAGCGCCUGCAGGAGCUGAGGGACUAGUCGUUUUGUAUUACACAGGGAAGUGGGGAGGGGAGGGGAGGGGAGGGGAGGAUUUUGGUUGUGUCGCUUUUUUUUUUUAUCAGAUCCUUCAGAAGGCCUUGUAAUAUAUUUAUGAUCCAUCUCACCCCCCACCUCAUUAGUAGUUAAUUGGCAGUCAGUUUUCUGUAGUUGCACGUUUGUGCUCUGUGGGCGACGACUGACUUCCCUUUCAUUCCCUCGACAACCAUGUGAUCCCCCCCGAAUCAUCUACUCCCUUCUCACCCUCUGGGGAUAAACAAUGACCGGUCCUAAGGAAAGAGUUCCGAAACUUGCGCUUUGCAUCUUAUCUGGUCUGUCACCGCAGUAUCCAUACACUAACAAGUAUCUUAGUACUCUACGUACACCUGCCAAGGACACAACUUUUCAGGAGUAACACUUGGCUUAUACAAGUUCACUACCUGUGGCUGGUUUACUUCAGCUACCCUAGCUUCCACAACAAAUAUGGGAAAUGCAGAACGAAGAGGCUUUUUUUUUUUUUUCUCUUCGCGGAAUUUUGUGCACGAACGAUCCUUAGCUCAUUUAGGAGCAACAUAUCGUUUGACAUGAACGGAUUACAGUUGCGUGACUCACUUGCUACUUUUUCCGUUUUUUAGUACAUCCAUUUCAAGUUGAAAUUACUGAUAAUCCUUGCAGUCUGAAUCGUAUCGUUUUCCUCAGCCAAUUAGAAAGCUUUACUAAAACAGAACAACCAGUGAGAUUUUAAGGGUUAUUCAAAGUAGCCAAUCAAAUUUCAAAAAGCUGGAAGCCAUCUCUAACAACUUUUUACAAACCAGCUCAAUACUAGAUCAACGAAAUAUCUGUAUAGACUGAAAAUAUCAUGUAUUUGUGCGACUGAAUUUUGUGAUCUUUAAAUGGAUGUAAUAAAACGGCAAUAAACAUUGUGUGUGA